GCGUCGGAUGUUGGCAUUUGUUACGAGGGAGCUGCAUUCAUCACUUGCCCGAGCAUUCAACCCUUUCGCUGGUUGUAACUAUGUUCCCCUUUCGCGCUUGAAUGCAUUCAUUUCUCACUUACUGAGCUUGUAGCAUAUGAAAGCGGAUCGUUAUGAGCGUUGCGUGUUUGAUGGACACGAAGUGAUUGGGUUAGAGAUCUGUGGCGGGAGAGAAUUGCGUGAUCAGCGUCGAGGCUUCUGGGAGGGUGUACAAUAUUGGGUUGCGCCCUCGCAGUCGCGAAUGAGUGAAUUUCGAUUUUGGAAGAGUUUGAUUGAGUGAAUAGCGCAGUUCCGCUUAUGGUUUGAGGUGGGAGGUUGGGCACAGGGGAGUAGUGUUUUGCAUGAGAUUAGGGGAUUGUGGUGCUUGGACGGAAAUGACCUUGGAGAUUCCCGAGUGCGAGGAACACCUCGCGGAUGUGCCUGUGGCGAACUGUCAAAGGAGUGCUCACAAUUUGGACACAGGCAGUGAAAUUGAGCGAAUCGAAUCCAAUGGCGUCAUGAAGUCGAGUGAGCAAGACGGGGUUGCUAUGGAGGUGGGCGCAUCCGAUCAGAGUGCCGAGGUCGGACCGGUGUCCAAGGGUUUUGAGUGGAAUUCGUCUGAGUUCUCCCCGAUCUCCAACUCGAGAGAAGAUAAAACCUCUGAGCAAACGAAUGCAAGCGAUAAAGGAGAAAGCUCUCCUUUGUUCCAAGUCCAAUUUUCUGAUGCAACUCAUGAUCCCAUUCGUAACGCACCACCCGAUUCAGUGCAAGAGUACGACACCGAGCAGCCGAUAAUAAGCAGGACUCCUAAUGCUCUCAGAGUGCCAGUGGUGAACCAGCACGUUGACGCCGAACGCAAACUUGUUGCCCCUGAAAUAAUGGGUGCCAGAAGACAACCUACUGAGGCUAUUGAUCCUGGACAUGCCAGCCGAGUUAUAUCUACUGUGACCAAGAUCAAAGACUAUUCUUCCCAGGCAGGACGUGUACUAAGAGAAAACGGAGAAGGUGCAUCUGGAGUAAACCCGAGCCCACGAUCACAUCGUACCUCCCACCGCCGUGUCACUCCGUUGGGCUGGUUUCCUAGAGGACAGAAAACAGAGUCCUACCUUGAAAGGAAAAUACGCAUGCUUCAGAAAGAAGGAGGCAAGAUUGCUUCUUUGGAUGAAACUCUAGGAGCUUCAAAUAUUCAUCUUUCACGCAUAGAGAGGGAGAAGCAAGCUGCUCAAGCAGCAGCUGUUGCAGCUACUGAAGCGCGCAAAGCGGCACUUGUCGAGGCUUCUUGGUGUCGCAUACUCAAAGCAACUGGAAUACCCUACAUGUCGGCUGCUGUCCAGCUUCAAACAGCAGAGAAAAAAGCAGAGGACGCCCUGGCAGCUGCCGCUGCUCUUGGGGUGAUACUUGGUCACAGUCCUCGUAGUCCCAGAUUCGUGGCUGUAACCGACCCUAGCUCGGGAUCUCUCGACAAUGUCUCAGCGACGUUGGAAACCGCAUUCGACGUGGACAAGGCGGUAGCUUCGGCUUUAAAAACCGCGCUUCUGCGUCAUACAAGUGAAUUGAAGGAUGCUGAUCUUCAGAAAGCAAUGGCAUUAAUCACAAACCCACUCGCUGUAGAGACAACCGUUCACCGAGAAUGGGUGGAUGAUGGACCGGAACCAAAUUCGCGUGAGACAUUAGAGGACGCUGAAAACUCCAUGGACAUUUCACUGGCGUGUCCUGCGACUAAUGAUUGUACUAUUCAGGAAAACCCGUUGGUAGAAUCCAUGCUUCAAAGAGUAAGAGGCUUGCAACCCGAGGAGUGCACCUCAAUGGCAACUAUAGUGGCCACUCGGGGUCUCGGUGCUUUGCUUGCUGAGGAACAUUUAGAGCAAGAGUUGGGCACCAAGGGUUCAAGUGGUGGAAGUUUGGGAGACGUCUUGGUGAAGCAUGUAUCACGCCUUGAGGCAGAGAAAACGGCUGCCAAAACCGCUGGCGACGGUGGUAGAAACGAGAUGAAGAAGCGUUUGUCUGUGGUGGUGAACCCGGCUCCGGACUUCGGGUCGAUGCUCGUGAAACACGUGUCUCGUUUUGAACGGGAGAAAAAAGCAGCAAUUGAAGCCGCAGCAAAACAGGCAGAAUCAUGGAUUCCGGGAGAGGCGGUGAAGUUCUAUGGUCCUGGGGUCCAAGUUGAGGAGGGAGGGCUGGACAAGAUAUUUGUGAAGAAAAUGUCGCGCCUCGAGAGAGAGAAAGCAGCUGCUCAAGAGAGACGAAGGAGCAGUCUCAACAAAUUCUCGCCACGGAAAGGAAGAAGGAUUUCAUUGACACGAAGACCAGGUCUGGGAGAGUCCUUGAUCAAGCACAAGUCCCGCCUGGAGAAGGAGAUCGAAGCCGCCAAAGCAAGGAGGCUUAGUAUGCUUGGCAAGACAAUUAAGAAAACCGGCGCCACUCAAUCAACCUCGCCUAAGAAAACCAGCAACCAGGCCGUCGGUCUUGGUGAAGUGCUAAUUAAACACAAAUCAAGGUUGGAGCGAGAGAAAGAAGCUGCUAAGCUUGCAUCACAGGCUGUCCCCAGUGCAGUGCAGAUUGUGAACUCGCAAUCCGAAUGUACCGGUUCCGUGAGAAGCGAGAAUUCUCAAGAUGUACUGAAUGUGGCACAGGCUAAUCUUGGCGAUCAGGGUGCACGAAAAUUAUCCAAGUUGGAGUCAGAGAAGCAGGCUUUUGCAGCUGCUGGAGGCAGUGAUCCAUGGGCGAGACGGAGACCGUCAUUCAAGGCAAGAGAGGAAAGUGCCGACGUCUGGGCUGGAGUUGGCCUUGGAGCUGCACUCAAACGCCACGUUUCGAAGCUAGAGCAAGAACAGGCUGCAUGGCGAUGUGCGGAAGAGAGAGCUCGUGCUCAUUGACGAAGCCAGCUCGCUAACUCUCAAGUGUCAUGUAUGUAUAAGAUGUAUAAUUACAGCUAGUUGGAGGCACUAGGACAUCAGACCAAUACUGUGGACAGCUUAGGGUCAGAUGCCCCUGAAGUACUUCGACUAUUGGCCUUUUUUUUAUUUUUUUUAUUUUUUUAUUUCUUUCAUUUAGAAGAUCGGGGAAAUGACCUACGUCUCUGUAGGAUCAGCAUCCAUGAGCAAAGAGAAAUCACCUUGUUUUCUCGUCAUUGGUGGUGUGCAGAGCUAGAAUUCGCCUGUGUUUUCAUUCAGGUACCUCUAGACUCGCACCAACUGUCACUUGACAAAACACUUGACGAGCAUUGAACCACGAUUUUUUUUUAUAAAUAUACUAAUCCAUUCUUUGAUUGUCCACUUCGUGGAACUAC